AGACCAGUCGGCUAAACAAGAGAAGUGUUCUGGUCCACUUCCGGUUACAGCAGUCCCAAACAAACACGAUUAAGCUGUGGUUUUAAAAGGCAGAUUUACAAGUCAUAUCGUUCUCAAAAUGGCUGUGGCCGUGAGUUCAACAUGUCCAGGGCUGUACUGUGGCAGGAUGAUGGUCAACGGCUCAGUGGAGGGAGAAUGUGGUGUUUGUCCUCGAGGAGAGCGGGCCAACAUGCAGAAAGUGUGUGAGCGCUGCAUCGAGUCUCCUGAGAUCUACGACUGGCUCUAUCUGGGGUUUAUGGCCAUGUUGCCUCUUGUGUUGCACUGGUUCUUUAUUGAAUGGUACUCUGGAAAGAAGAGUUCCAGUGCUUUACUCCAACAUGUGACCGCCAUGUUGGAGUGCAGUAUGUCAGCUGUGGUCACUCUGCUGGUCACAGAGCCUGUGGGAAUGCUCACUAUCCGUUCUUGUCGAGUGCAAAUGCUUUCAGACUGGUACACGAUGCUGUACAACCCAAGUCCAGACUAUGUCAACACAUUACACUGCACUCAGGAAGCUGUGUACCCACUCUACACGAUCGUGCUGAUCUACUAUGCAUUUUGCUUGAUACUAAUGAUGAUGCUGCGUCCUCUGUUGGUGAAGAAGAUGGCGUGUGGUUUGGGCAAAUCCGACCGUUUUAAGAGCAUCUAUGCUGCUCUGUACUUCUUCCCGAUCCUCACUGUGCUGCAGGCUAUAGGAGGAGGACUGCUCUACUAUGCAUUCCCCUACAUCAUCCUGGUCCUGUCUCUUGUCACGUUGGCUGUUUACAUGUCUGCCUCUGAGAUACAGUCUUUUAAGAAUCUGGUUGCCAAGAAGAAGCGUCUCAUCGUCCUGUUCAGCCACUGGCUGCUGCAUGCUUACGGCAUCAUCUCGAUCUCCCGACUGGACAAGCUGGAACAGGACCUGCCGCUGUUGGCCCUCGUGCCAGGACCCGCUCUGUUUUACAUCGUCACAGCCAAAUUCACUGAGCCCAGCCGCAUCCUCUUGGAGGCUGGCAAUGGACACUGAGCUGGAUUUAUCAGGAGUUCAAUAAAUAACUCUUGAAAAAAAGUCACAGCAGCUUGCCCCUGUCCAGUGUGAUGUCUUGAAAUUGUCUGUUUAUUUUUAGUUCAAAAUCUCAGUCAGUGAGGAGUCGGACUCAAAAUGCCAAACGUAGUUUGGUAAUUUCUUUAACUCAUGAAAUAUAAGCUCAGUAAUUCAUUCACGCUCAGCUUCAGUUCUCAUGUGAAGUGUCUACAGGUCUGACAUGACAAUGAUGUGGUCCCAGAAGUCUGGCGUGUACAGUAAAGUGUAUGCACUACUGCUUUGUCAAGUGUGGUAGAAGAUGUGAUCGUUCCACUGGAGCUGAGCAGCUGUUUCUAAAGCGUUAACAGGUCGCUGCUUUUAAUGUUUAUUUUAAAUUUUGAUUGGUGGUGAAUUUCUCCAGAGGAAAAUCGCUCCGACAGAUAUACUUGAAAAGGUUUGUAUGUUGACUCCUGUUGAAUAUUUCAGCCUUCACAGGUUUGUGGAGGUGAAAGUGCACUGUAUAUACUGUACAUUGCUUGUAAAUGUUAGUGUAUUCAGUAUGUUUAUCUGCAUAUACAUAAUUUAAAACUAAAACUUUGAAUGUUAUCUUUGUGUUCUGACUAUUGAUCUUUGUUACCAUGAGAUUCAACUUUUAUUGGUCUCAAACAUUUACCUGAUAUCAAAGUGUACACCUGUGUUACUGCAGGUCGAUCUGUGUGACGAUGCACUUUCAUUUUGCUCACAGUCAUCUGUAUACGCUGCAACAUAUGUUGCUGUUUCUUUGUAAAUGAAUAAAGGU